AUGGACAGAGAAAGGUCAAGGGCAGAGGGAGGGAGGGAACGCAGAGCCAAGGACUUUGGCCCUAUUCGAGGUCCGCCCCCUGCCAGUCGGCCCCGCCCCUGUCUCCUCCUGCUGCGACACGUGACCGUACAAAUUCCAACCGCCUCAGAACGCGGGAAACUAGGUUGCUUUCUUCCAAGGGUCCCAGGUCCUGGGAUGGAGGUGCGGGGCGCCAGGACCCGGCAGACCACGCGCCGCUCCAACAGGGCCGGGGUCGGUGAAACGCGUGAGGAAGAGGAGGGAGUUCAGGGCGCACAGCCUCGGCGUGCCAGGAGCAGCCCCCGCCGGAACGCGCCGGAGGCGGAGGAGACGGUGCAAAGCGCCACAACUGGCUCCGGCCCGAGGCCCAGUGUGAACGCUCGGGAGGAGGAGGAGGAGGAGAAGGCUGCGGUGCAAAGCGCCACGCCUAGCUCCGGCCGGCUCACCCGGGAGGAAGCACGGAGCACGGGACCCCGGCGCGGCCUGCGCAGCUCUAGCCAGUACCCCCGGGAGGAGGAGAAGGAAGCUGGCCGCAGGAACGCGCGAGGAGAGGACGAGGAAGUGCGGAGUUCCAGGCCUGGGCGGCCAGAGCGCAGCACCGGCAAGAAAGCCCAGGAGGUCCAGGAGGAUGUGCUGGCCAAGCGCAACACCCUCGGUCAGAACGCGCAGGAGGAGGACGAGGCGGAGGGCCGGAGGACCCGUUCCCCAGGCGCCAAACAUAGGUUAAGCAAGUACACCCGUGACGAAGAGGAGGAGGUGUGGAGCACCAGGUCCCUGCGUCCCAUGCGCGGCACUAGCGGGGACGCAAAAGUUCAGGGCGCUAUCCCUGGGAGCGCCCAAAGCAGCACGGGCAGGAAGGCACGGGGGGAGAGGGAGGCGGCGCGGGAGCCCGGCGCCAGGUCCCGGCGUGCCAGGAGCAGCACCGGCGGGGACGUGAAAGUGCGGGAGGAGGAGAAGCGUGCACUGGGCACCAGGUCCUGGAGGCGCGUGGCGUCGGCCCCAGUCAAGUAUGCACUUGGAGGGGAGGACGAGGCCACGCCACGCACCAGAGUCGCUACCAGAGACGAAGUGCGGGCUGGCAUGUCCGGCAACCUGGGCGCGGAGGCGUGGGGAGAGGAAGAGCUGGUGCGGAGGUCACUGCGGCCAGCGCCCACCCCAAGCGGGGAUGCUGGAAACUAUGCCCUGGACACCAGCGCCCAGCGAGCCAUGCCCGGCAGCAGUAGCAGAGAUGAGUCCCCUCCAGCUGCCUCUUAUAGGAAAGAGAGUAGAGAAGAAGAGAGGAGGGAGGAGGAUGAAGACUGCAAUAUGGUCCGGCAGCUGCUCAGAAUAAAGGAUCAGAUUAAACAACAGCUACUGGAAUAUAAGGCAGAGGUUGAAGCAAGUAAAGAGAGACCUACAGAAGAACUUGCAGAAGGCGACUUACUUCAAAGGAUUGAAGAUUUAGAAAGGAAAAUGGAAGGGGUGAAGAUUGAGUUAGAAAUGAAAACUCUAGCUUUAAGAAGGGUCCAGGUUGCACACGCCCUUCAGAAAAAACUGGAAAAAAAGGACAGUGAAUCUGAAUCAAUCUUGGCAAUUUUGAAAAACAUUUUAACUCUUAAUAGUUCAAUACUGAAAGCACAACAGCAAACUCGGGACCUGGAGGAGAAAAUGCUUGAAGUUAAGAAGAAGAGAUUAAUGUUUAAAAAAGCUGGGGAAGCAAAGCUACUAGAAAUACAGGCUGAGAAUAAAAAGAAAAAAGAUGAAUUGAACAUCCUGAAAAAUAGUGCCUUGUUAACUAAAAUGAAGAAAAGUCUACAAAAGGAGAUAGAUUCAACUACCAUUAUUCAAAAUGUUUUUCAGCACAUCGUUAUGGCAGCAAAGAUUGACUGGGCAGCGGAUCCAGCCUUGAAGGCACUUAUUUUACAGCUUGAGAAAAAUUUAAGCUUCAUUUGAACAAUUCUGCUUGUUUACGUGCAAUUAAAUAGUAAAUUUCCGGAGAAACUCUGUAUUUUGGGCUCUAUUCUGUUAAUUCAGACUCUUUAAAACAUUUGUUUCAGUAACACUAACUUCAGAGUCAUUCUGUGUCAUUUAUUAAAAUGACAUUGUGUCACAGAAUUUGGGAUCUUUAAGUUAGAAGCAUCCCUACAGAUGAAGUCCAGCUUCUCACCUAAUAUGGGAACCUACUCUAUAAUAUCUUCGACAGAUGGUCAUCUACUCAUUGUAUGAACCCUUCCAGUGACUAAGCAUUCACUACCUCAUUAGACAAUCUACUCCAUAUCUAAAUAGCCCUGAAUGUUAUUCCUUUAUAUAGCAUUUAUUGAUUAGUAUCCUAGAAAAUAGUGGUUAUAUCUAACCCCUUUAAAAGCAGUGUAUUUUCUAAAAUA